AUGGCCCGCUUCGGGGAGGCGGCGGCCGGCAGGCCUGCCUCAGGCGAGGGAGAUUCGGACCAGGGCAGGAACCUGCCAGGAACGCCCGUGCCGGCCUCGGGGUCCGCGGCCGCCUACAAGCAGUCGAAGGCGCAGAGGGCGCGCACCAUGGCCCUGUACAACCCCAUUCCCGUCCGGCAGAACUGCUUCACGGUGAACAGAUCCCUGUUCGUCUUUGGAGAGGACAACAUUGUCAGGAAGUACGCCAAGAAGCUCAUCGACUGGCCGCCGUUCGAGUACAUGAUCCUGGCCACCAUCAUCGCCAACUGCAUCGUCUUGGCGCUGGAACAGCACCUGCCCGAGGACGACAAGACCCCGAUGUCCCGCCGACUGGAGAAGACAGAGCCCUACUUCAUUGGGAUCUUCUGCUUUGAGGCUGGAAUCAAGAUCGUGGCCCUGGGGUUCAUCUUCCACAAGGGCUCCUACCUCCGCAACGGCUGGAACGUCAUGGACUUCAUCGUGGUCCUCAGUGGCAUCCUGGCCACGGCGGGGACCCACUUCAACACGCACGUGGACCUGAGGACCCUGCGCGCCGUGCGUGUUCUGCGGCCCUUGAAGCUGGUGUCCGGCAUCCCCAGCCUGCAGAUCGUGCUCAAGUCCAUCAUGAAGGCCAUGGUGCCCCUGCUACAGAUCGGCCUCCUGCUCUUCUUCGCCAUCCUCAUGUUUGCCAUUAUCGGCCUCGAGUUCUACAGCGGGAAGCUGCACCGUGCCUGUUUUGUGAACAAUUCAGGUGUUCUGGAAGGAUUUGACCCCCCUCACCCGUGUGGCGUGCAGGGCUGUCCGGCCGGUUACGAGUGCAAAGACUGGAUCGGCCCCAACGACGGGAUCACGCAGUUCGACAACAUCCUCUUCGCGGUGCUCACCGUCUUCCAGUGCAUCACCAUGGAGGGCUGGACAACCGUGCUGUACAAUACCAAUGAUGCCUUAGGAGCCACCUGGAACUGGCUGUACUUCAUCCCCCUCAUCAUCAUCGGAUCCUUCUUUGUUCUCAACCUGGUCCUGGGAGUGCUCUCCGGGGAGUUUGCCAAAGAGAGAGAGCGAGUGGAGAACCGCAGAGCCUUCAUGAAGCUACGGCGUCAGCAGCAGAUCGAGCGCGAGCUGAACGGCUACCGGGCCUGGAUAGACAAAGCAGAGGAAGUCAUGCUGGCUGAGGAGAACAAAAACUCGGGGACGUCGGCCUUGGAAGUGCUCCGCAGGGCAACCAUCAAGCGGAGCCGCACGGAGGCCAUGACCCGUGACUCCAGCGACGAGCACUGUGUCGACAUUUCUUCUGUGGGCACUCCUCUUGCCCGAGCCAGCAUCAAGAGCGCCAAGGUGGACGGGGCCUCCUAUUUCCGGCACAAGGAACGGCUCCUGCGCAUCUCCGUGCGCCACGCGGUCAAGUCCCAGGUGUUUUACUGGAUUGUACUGAGCCUUGUGGCUCUCAACACGGCCUGCGUGGCCAUCGUCCACCACAACCAGCCCCAGUGGCUCACCCACCUCCUCUACUACGCGGAGUUCCUGUUCCUGGGCCUGUUCCUCCUGGAGAUGUCCCUGAAGAUGUACGGCAUGGGCCCCCGCCUCUACUUCCACUCCUCCUUCAAUUGCUUCGACUUCGGGGUUACAGUGGGCAGCAUCUUCGAAGUGGUCUGGGCAAUCUUCCGGCCUGGCACAUCUUUUGGAAUCAGCGUCUUGAGAGCCCUGCGGCUUCUGAGAAUAUUUAAGAUAACCAAGUACUGGGCCUCCCUGCGGAACCUGGUCGUCUCCCUGAUGAGCUCCAUGAAGUCCAUCAUCAGCCUGCUCUUCCUCCUCUUCCUCUUCAUCGUGGUCUUUGCUCUUCUUGGCAUGCAGCUGUUUGGAGGCAGGUUUAACUUCAACGAUGGGACGCCCUCGGCCAAUUUCGACACCUUCCCUGCCGCCAUCAUGACAGUGUUCCAGAUCCUGACCGGUGAGGACUGGAAUGAGGUCAUGUACAACGGGAUCCGCUCCCAGGGCGGGGUCAGCUCGGGCAUGUGGUCAGCUGUCUACUUCAUUGUGCUCACCUUGUUUGGAAACUACACACUGUUGAAUGUGUUCUUGGCCAUUGCCGUGGACAAUCUGGCCAAUGCCCAGGAGCUGACCAAGGAUGAGCAGGAGGAAGAGGAGGCCUUCAACCAGAAGCAUGCCCUGCAGAAGGCCAAGGAGGUCAGCCCAAUGUCUGCACCCAACGUGCCCUCCAUCGAAAGAGACAGGAGGAGAAGACACCACAUGUCGAUGUGGGAGCCGCGCAGCAGCCACCUGAGGGAGCGCCGGCGCCGGCACCACAUGUCAGUGUGGGAGCAGCGGACCAGCCAGCUCCGGAGGCACAUGCAAAUGUCCAGCCAGGAGGCCCUCAACAAGGAGGAGGCCCCCCCGAUGAACCCCCUCAACCCGCUCAACCCACUGAGCCCCCUCAACCCGCUCAACGCCCACCCCAGCCUCUACAGGAGACCCAGGCCCAUCGAGGGCCUGGCCCUGGGCCUGGAGAAGUGUGAGGAGGAGCAUGUCAGCCGUGGCGGGUCCCUCAAGGGGGCCCUGGACUGCCAGAGGAGCCCCUUGUCCCUGGGCAGACGGGAGCCGCCAUGGCUGGCCAGGCCCUGUCACGGAAACUGUGAGCCGGCGCUGCAGGAGACAGCUGGGGGAGAGACCAUGGUCACCUUCGAGGACCGGGCCAGGCACAGACAGAGCCAGCGGCGCAGCCGGCAUCGGCGAGUCCGGACAGAAACCAAGGAAUCCUCCUCGGCCUCCCGGAGCAGGUCUGCCAGCCAGGAGCGGAGCCUGGAUGAGGGGGCGUCGACUGAGGGCGAGAGAGACCACGAAGCCCGGGGCAGCCAUGGCGGCAAAGAACCAACAAUCCACGAAGAAGAGAGAGCCCAGGACUUGCGCAGGACAGACAGUCUGAUGGUACCCAAAGGCUCAGGGCUGGCUGGAGGCCUGGAUGAGGCCGGCACACCCCUCGUCUUGCCCUCGCCCGAGGGUGUGGGGAAAGAGGCAGCACCCACAGAGCAGCAUCCAGAUGGCAGCGGUGAGCCGGCCCUGCCGGGGCACGUGCAGCUGGAUGUGGGCCGGGCCAUCAGCCAAAGUGAGCCCGACCUCUCCUGCGUCACGGCCACCACAGACAAGGUCACCACCGAGAGCACCGAUGUCACCGUGGCCAUCCCCGACGCGGAGCCCCUGGUGGAUUCGACGGUCGUGCACAUCGGCAACAAGACGGAUGGAGCAGCAAGUCCCUUCCAGGAGGCCGAGGUGAAGGAGGCCGAGCAGGAGACAGGAAAGCAGAAGAAGGAGAGGCCAGCGAGCGGCAAAGCCAUGGUGCCCCACAGUUCCAUGUUCAUCUUCAGCACCAGCAACCCGAUCCGGAGGGCCUGCCACUACGUGGUGAACCUGCGCUACUUUGAGAUGUGCAUCCUGCUGGUGAUCGCGGCCAGCAGCAUCGCCCUGGCGGCCGAGGACCCCGUGCUGACCAACUCGGAGCGCAACAGAGUCCUGCGUUAUUUCGACUACGUGUUCACUGGCGUGUUCACCUUUGAGAUGGUCAUCAAGAUGAUAGACCAGGGCUUGAUCCUGCAGGACGGGUCCUACUUCCGAGACCUGUGGAACAUCCUGGACUUCGUGGUGGUGGUCGGUGCACUGGUGGCCUUCGCGCUGGCGAAUGCUUUGGGGACCAACAAGGGACGCGACAUCAAGACCAUCAAGUCGCUGCGUGUGCUGCGUGUGCUGCGGCCCCUGAAGACCAUCAAGCGCCUGCCCAAGCUGAAGGCCGUCUUCGACUGCGUGGUGACCUCCUUGAAGAACGUCUUCAACAUCCUCAUCGUGUACAAGCUCUUCAUGUUCAUCUUUGCCGUCAUCGCCGUCCAGCUGUUCAAGGGAAAGUUCUUCUACUGCACGGACAGCUCCAAGGACACGGAGAAGGAAUGCAUAGGCAACUAUGUGGAUCAUGAGAAAAACAAGAUGGAAGUGAAGGGCCGUGAAUGGAAGCGCCACGAGUUCCACUACGACAACAUCAUCUGGGCUCUGCUGACCCUCUUCACCGUGUCCACGGGGGAAGGCUGGCCUCAGGUUCUGCAGCACUCCGUGGACGUGACCGAGGAGGACCGAGGCCCGAGCCGCAGCAACCGCAUGGAGAUGUCCAUCUUCUACGUGGUGUACUUCGUGGUCUUCCCCUUCUUCUUCGUCAACAUCUUCGUGGCCCUCAUCAUCAUCACCUUCCAAGAGCAGGGGGACAAGAUGAUGGAGGAGUGCAGCCUGGAGAAGAACGAGAGAGCAUGCAUCGACUUUGCCAUCAGUGCCAAGCCCCUCACCCGCUACAUGCCGCAGAACCGGCACACAUUUCAGUACCGCGUGUGGCACUUCGUGGUGUCCCCGUCCUUUGAGUACACCAUCAUGGCCAUGAUCGCCUUGAACACUGUCGUGCUGAUGAUGAAGUACUACUCUGCCCCCUGCACCUACGAGCUGGCCCUGAAGUACCUGAACAUCGCCUUCACCAUGGUGUUCUCGCUGGAGUGUGUCCUGAAGGUCAUCGCUUUUGGCUUCGUGAACUAUUUCCGUGACACUUGGAAUAUCUUCGACUUCAUCACUGUGAUUGGCAGCAUCACGGAGAUCGUCCUGACUGACAGCAAGCUGGUGAACACCACGGGCUUCAACAUGAGCUUCCUGAAGCUGUUCCGGGCCGCGCGGCUCAUCAAGCUGCUGCGCCAGGGCUACACCAUCCGCAUCCUGCUCUGGACCUUCGUGCAGUCCUUCAAGGCCCUGCCCUACGUCUGCCUGCUGAUCGCCAUGCUCUUCUUCAUUUAUGCCAUCAUCGGGAUGCAGGUCUUCGGAAACAUCAGACUAGACGAGGAGAGCCACAUCAACCGGCACAACAACUUCCGCAGUUUCUUCGGAUCCCUCAUGCUGCUCUUCAGGAGUGCCACGGGGGAGGCCUGGCAGGAGAUCAUGCUGUCGUGCCUGGGGGAGAAGGGCUGCGAGCCGGACACCACCGCGCCCUCCGGCCAGCAGGAGAGCGAGCGCUGCGGCACUGACCUCGCCUAUGUCUACUUUGUCUCCUUCAUCUUCUUCUGCUCCUUCCUGAUGCUCAACCUGUUCGUGGCCGUCAUCAUGGACAACUUUGAGUACCUGACGCGGGACUCCUCCAUCCUGGGGCCGCACCACCUGGACGAGUUCGUGCGUGUCUGGGCUGAGUACGACCGGGCCGCAUGUGGCCGCAUCCAUUACACUGAGAUGUACGAAAUGCUGACUCUCAUGUCGCCGCCGCUAGGCCUCGGCAAGAGAUGCCCCUCCAAAGUGGCAUAUAAGAGGUUGGUGCUGAUGAACAUGCCGGUGGCCGAGGACAUGACGGUCCACUUCACGUCCACGCUCAUGGCCCUGAUCCGCACGGCCCUGGACAUCAAGAUUGCCAAAGGGGGUGCAGACCGGCAGCAGCUGGAUUCGGAGCUGCAGAAGGAGACCCUAGCCAUCUGGCCCCACCUGUCCCAGAAGAUGCUGGACCUGCUGGUGCCCAUGCCCAAAGCCUCUGACCUGACUGUGGGCAAAAUCUACGCGGCAAUGAUGAUCAUGGACUACUACAAACAGAGCAAGGUGAAGAAGCAGAGGCGGCAGCUGGAGGAGCAGAAAAACGCACCCAUGUUCCAGCGCAUGGAGCCCUCCUCUCUGCCCCAGGAAAUCAUCGCCAACGCCAAGGCCCUGCCCUACCUCCCGCAGGGGCCCCCUGCAGGCCUGGGUGGCCGGAGUGGAUGCCCUGCGAUGAGCCCGCUCUCCCCACAGAUCUUCCAGCUGACCUGCAUGGACCCGGCGGACGACGACGGGCAGUUCCAGGAGCAGCGAUCUCUGGAGCCAGAGGUUAGUGCGUUAGAAACCGUGCAGUCUGCUAACCGUGGCACCCGCCUUCCUCCGGACACCCAGGAGCAUGCGGGAGCUGGGAGGGCCUCCUCCAUGCCGCGUCUGACUGUGGACCCCCAGGUGGUGACAGACCCGGGCUCGAUGAGACGCUCCUUCUCCACCAUCCGGGAUAAGCGCUCCAGCUCCUCCUGGCUCGAGGAGUUCUCCAUGGAGAGGAGCAGCGACAACACCUACAAGUCCCGGCGGCGCAGCUACCACGCGUCUCUGCGGCUGUCAGCGCACCGCCUCAACUCAGACUCGGGUCACAAGUCUGACAGCCACCGUUCUGGGGGCAGAGAGCGGGGACGGUCAAAGGAGCGGGAACACCUUCUGUCCGCCGACGUGUCCCGCUGCAGCUCUGAGGAACGAGGAGCCCAGGCGGACUGGGAAUCCCCAGAGCGCCAUCCAUCCAGGUCCCCCAGCGAGGGCCGGUCACAGAGCCCCAGCAGACAGGGCACGGGUUCCCUGAGCGAGAGCUCCAUUCCCUCCGUCUCGGACACCAGCACCCCCAGACACAGCCGCCGGCAGCUGCCGCCUGUCCCGCCCAAGCCACGGCCACUCCUCUCCUACAGCUCCCUGAAGCAGCAGCCCAGCAACUUCUCCCCGCCAGCCGACGGGAGCCAGGGGGGCUCCCUGCUGGCCUCCCCGGCCCUGGAGAGCGCCCAGGUCGGCCUUGCUGAGUCCUCUGACGCGCCGCGCCGCGCCCAGGGCUCCCACGCCUCCCCCCAGCGCUAUAUCUCCGAGCCCUACCUGGCGCUGCACGAGGACUCCCACGCCUCGGACUGUGGCGAGGAGGAGACGCUCACCUUCGAGGCAGCGGUGGCCACCAGCCUCGGCCGCGCCAACACCAUCGGCUCCGCCCCGCCCCUGCGGCACAGCUGGCAGAUGCCCAACGGGCACUAUCGGCGGCGCCGGCGUGGGGGGCCCGGGGCGGGCGCCCUGUGCGGCGCCGUGGGCGACCUCCUGAGUGACACUGAGGAGGACGACAAGUGCUAG